AUGCGGCGCGGCCCGGGCGGCGGCAGCAUCGUUGGCGGCGGCGGCGCGAACGGCGGGCGCCGGAGCAGAGCAAGCAGCCGAGCGAGUGGCGUCCCGGGUCGGGCACACGGAGGGCGGCGGAGGUGAGCGAUGGCGCGAGUUCGGGUCUCCGAGGCCCUCAGGUGCGCGCAUAGGGUCGCGGGCAGGACUCCAGCCCCGCGGGCUCCCCAUUGUUGCGGGUCGGCGCCCGGAGGCGGGUCUGUGAGCGCCGGGUUGAGAAGCCUGUCCUGAGGGACUGAGCGCUGGCUCUAACGGACGGGAGCACGGUGAAAGCCCGGGACCCGAGGGUGUCCAGGGGCUGGCGUGGGGUCCACCGAGGGUGGACGGCUGGCGCGCGCUCCCGGCCAGGACCGGGGGUCGGGGGGCGCGUGCGUGGGGGCUCGCACUGAGGGAACCUGGGAUCGAGGGGGCGCGCGCGUGGGGGCGCGGGCUGGGAGCCUAGGAUCCUAGGGCUCUGACUAGGGAAUUCGGGGUAAAGGGGGUGCGUGCGUGGAGACUUUAGUCCAGGGGGACACAGUGUCAAGGAAUGAGCGAGUGGGGGUGUGAGCUGCGAUCCAGUGUCGGGGCCACAGUAGAAGCCUCGGGCUGGAGGAACACAGGGUCGAGGACGCACGCCCGGUGGCCAGUGGGACACAGUUUUGGUGGCCGGGCUCGGCGGGGAACGGGAUCCGGCCGGGGUCGGUCGGUGCUGAGCGCACUCCUCGCUGACCCGCAGGUGCGGCCCGAAGCCAUGGUGAUCAUGUCGGAGUUCAGCGCGGUCCCCACAGGCACCGGCCAGGGCCAGCAGAAGCCCCUCCGGGUGGGCUUUUACGACGUGGAACGGACCCUGGGCAAAGGCAAUUUUGCAGUGGUUAAGCUGGCGCGGCACCGAGUCACCAAAACGCAGGUUGCAAUUAAAAUAAUCGACAAGACACGGUUAGAUUCUAGUAAUCUGGAGAAGAUCUACCGGGAGGUCCAGCUCAUGAAACUCCUGAACCACCCAAAUAUUAUCAAGCUUUACCAGGUUAUGGAGACAAAAGACAUGCUGUACAUCGUCACGGAGUUUGCCAAAAACGGAGAAAUGUUCGAUUAUCUGACUUCCAACGGGCACUUGAGUGAAAACGAGGCUAGGAAGAAAUUCUGGCAGAUCCUGUCAGCCGUGGAGUACUGCCACAACCAUCACAUCGUCCACCGGGACCUUAAGACAGAGAACCUUCUGCUGGACGGCAACAUGGACAUCAAGCUGGCAGAUUUUGGAUUUGGGAAUUUCUACAAGCCAGGGGAGCCUCUGUCUACUUGGUGUGGGAGCCCCCCCUAUGCCGCUCCUGAAGUCUUUGAGGGGAAGGAGUAUGAAGGUCCCCAGCUGGACAUCUGGAGCCUCGGCGUGGUGCUGUAUGUCCUGGUCUGUGGUUCCCUCCCUUUCGAUGGACCCAACCUGCCUACGCUGAGACAGCGGGUGCUGGAGGGCCGCUUCCGCAUCCCCUUCUUCAUGUCUCAAGACUGUGAGACGCUGAUCAGACGCAUGCUGGUAGUGGACCCCGCCAAGCGCAUCACCAUUGCCCAGAUCCGCCAGCACCGAUGGAUGCAGGCCGACCCCACCCUCCUGCAGCAGGACGACCCUGCCUUCUCCAUGCAGGGCUACACCUCCAACCUGGGCGACUACAACGAGCAGGUGCUGGGCAUCAUGCAGGCCCUGGGCAUCGACCGGCAGAGGACAGUAGAGUCUCUACAGAACAGCAGCUACAACCACUUUGCGGCCAUUUACUACCUCCUGCUCGAGCGCCUCAGGGAGCAUCGAAGCACCCAGCCCUCAUCCCGGGCCACCCCUGCACCUGCCAGACAGCCUCAGCUCCGAAACUCAGACCUCAGCAGUCUGGAGGUUCCUCAAGAAAUUCUCCCGUGUGACCCUUUCCGGCCCUCUCUGCUGUGUCCGCAGCCCCAGGCCUUGGCUCAGUCUGUCCUGCAGGCCGAGAUAGACUGUGAUCUCCACAGUUCGCUUCAGCCCUUAUUCUUCCCCCUGGAUACCAACUGCAGCGGAGUGUUCCGGCACCGAUCCAUCUCCCCCAGCAGCCUGCUGGACACAGCUAUCAGUGAGGAGGCCAGGCAGGGUCCCGGCUUGGAGGAGGAGCAGGAGGUCCAGGAACCCCUGCCCGGCAGCACUGGCCGGAGGCAUACACUGGCUGAAGUUUCCACCCACUUCUCCCCGCUCAACCCUCCUUGCAUAAUUGUCUCCUCCUCUGCCGCUGCGAGUCCCUCGGAAGGAACUAGCUCUGACAGCUGCCUCCCCUUCUCUGCAAGCGAAGGUCCUGCAGGGCUCGGUGGUGGCCUGGCCACCCCAGGGCUUCUGGGCACCAGCUCUCCAGUCAGAUUGGCCUCACCCUUCCUGGGAUCACAGUCAGCCACCCCUGUGCUACAGAGUCAGGCAGGUCUGGGCGCGACUGUCUUACCUCCUGUCAGCUUCCAGGAGGGACGGAGAGCGUCGGAUACGUCUCUCACUCAAGGGCUGAAGGCCUUCCGGCAGCAGCUAAGGAAAAACGCGAGGACCAAGGGGUUCCUGGGACUGAACAAGAUCAAAGGAUUGGCCCGUCAGGUGUGCCAGUCCUCCAUCCGAGGUUCCCGGGGAGGGAUGAGUACCUUCCACACCCCGGCCCCAAGCUCAGGUCUGCAAGGCUGCACGGCCAGCAGUCGCGAGGGCAGGAGCCUGCUCGAAGAGGUGCUGCACCAGCAGAGGCUGCUCCAGUUACAGCACCACUCAGCCGUCUCAUCUGACUACCAGCAGGCCCCCCAACUGUCCCCCGUCCCCUACGUGCUCACUCCCUGUGAUGGCCUUCUCGUGUCUGGAAUCCCACUGCUGCCAACGCCCCUCCUCCAGGCCGGCAUGUCCCCCGUGGCGUCUGCCGCGCAGCUCCUGGAUGCCCACUUGCACAUCAGUGCUGGCCCCGUGGCCCUCCCCACUGGGCCCCUGCCACAGUGCCUCACCAGGCUGUCCCCAAGCUGUGAUCCUGCUGGGCUGCCACAGGGGGACUGUGAGAUGGAGGACCUGACCUCUGGCCAGCGGGGGACGUUCGUCCUGGUACAGUGAGGGUGACUCUGCCACACCCCUGCACCCCCACCCCUCGGAUUGACUCUUCCAAGCAAUAAUUUCAGAGUAUGUGAAGAUGGUCUCGGACUCAAAAGCCAAGAACUUUCUAGACGUGAAACAAGCAAUAUGUUUGGUGUACGGGCUUUUUUAGGAGUUUUUGUUUUUGUUUUUGUUUUUCCUUGCACUGAGUGACCUCAAUGAUAAGUAGGGACGGAAACUUUCUGAAGAAAAAUAAUAAUUAAGAGUAUGUCACGUGGGCGGGCGGAUGGGAGGGAAGGACAAUGAGGGGAGAGAGGCCCUCGCGGCUGAGCUGAAGGAGAAGAGAGGGGCCAUGCUGCUCAGGGACCUACACUCCUGUUCACGGUCCGUCACCAUCACGUGACAAGCGCUUGGACGUCCCUGAAGGGGGGCAGCUCGUACCAUGGCUCGCGUGCCCGUGUGUUGGGCAUCGUUUUGGGUUUGGCUUCACAGCGCUCCACCUCCGAAACGCUCCGAAGUUGCUGCUCUCCGUGUGGGUUUCAGAAUAGCCGAGCAUCAGCCUAGGGGAAGACCCCGCCCAAUCCCGGGAUUUCCCCCCCCCCCUGCGUCAGCCAGAGGACCGCCUCACGUCACCUCUCAGUUUAAGAUUCUGUAGCUGCUCAAGUCAGUUCGCCCGGCUUAUUCAAAGGACUGGAAGCGGGUAAGGACCUGCAGGUGGGCACUCUGUCCCGCGGUCACUUGGACCAGAGCCCCUCCCUCCGCAAGGAAGCCAAGAAGUUCCUUCUUGCCGCGUACCUCGACUGCUGCUAAUUAUCAGAUUUUUUUUUUAUGCAUUUCAUUAUCAGGGUCCCGCAAGAACACCUGACUUGGGGAAAUUGUGCAAUACCAAGGGGCUGUGACCAGAGGGACCCAGGUAGCCAGCGGGCAUCUUGGUUCUGACCACCUUGCUCUUGGUCUGGGACCUUUCCUACUUUCUUAGUAAAAGCUCGGCCCCCCAGGCCUGGGCUUUGUCUGGCUUGCUUUCCAGGAAUAUUAUAAGUCAGUGUUUGUAAAGUUUCUUUUUAAAGCAAACACUACACAUGUAUAUAAAUAGGAGACAGACACUACUUAUUUUUUUCUUUUUCUAUUUUGUAUACACUUCUGUGUUCCUGGCUUAAAAACCUCCCCUGGUCACAUUUAGAAGUCAUACCCCACGUUUGUGUUUGAAAGGGCCGCGGGCUGCCCACCUCCAGCAUAGGGUAGAGGUGUCAGGGAAGGAGCGGCCCCACCUGACAAGUCUACCUGGACAGGUAGGCCCAGGCAACAGCCGUGCCAUCCAAACACCUUCGUUCUCUGUCAGCCGUCUGUCUGUCCCCCCUGCCUCCCGGGCGACUUCACCACCGCGUCUCACCACCGCAGUAUUAACCUGAGGUCAUUAAGGGAGAGGAAAGGAGACACUUGCAAAAGCCAAAGAUUGACCGAGUUACCUGAGGCCAGGAAGAGGCAGCCCUCGAACCUGACGUCACAGCGCAGUCCUCCCUGUUGGCCCCGUGGCCCAGCCUAUACCGCUUACUCUCAAGACGGGCGGAGGACCGUUCUUCUGGGUCAGAACUGGUGCCCUCCAUAGAACAAACCAAAAAGUGUCCCUCCUGCCGACUCACCUGAUGUGUGGAUCAAGGAAGCACCCAGUAUCCCGGGCAGCCGGCUCUCCUCUCCCACAGUUCCUGUCCGGAUACCACAGAUCAAAGGCCUGGGCACUGCUGUGUGUCAGAAGUGACAAGCACUUUACUUUCUGGCAGUUUUUGUGUCUUCUAGUCGCUGUCGACCCUCUGGGGGACAGUAAUGUCAUGGUUUUUAGUUCUUUUUUUUUUUUUUGGCGUGUGUGCUGUGUUUUUGUAGAUCCUCAUGGCCCUGUGCUGGGCUGUAAUGGGAUCGCCUAUUUAAAGACACUACCGUGAUCUCAGAUGUAUAUAAUGGGUUUUUUGUUUUGUUUUUGUUUUUUUACUAUGACGGGAUUGUUUCAUUUCUCAUGUUAAUGUGAGAGACGUAUGCCAAAUGAUUAGUUGAUGUAUUUUUUUUAAUUUAAUAUUUAAAUAAAAUAUUUGGGGGGAAAUCUUGACUUUCCCUUAGUUCA